AUUAUAAUUUUUUUUUCCGUGAUCUGAUCAUAACAAACAAUCACAACACAUGUCACUUUAAUUUAAAUUGUUAAAUGUUUCCUUUCAUUGUUUAUUGUUAUUUAUUUUUUCAUAUUUAUGUUUAAAAAUGCCUUCAAGACAUGAUAAAAUUCGUCAAGUUUUGCGUGACUUUACUCUCGACACAGAACAACAUGAAAAAAUAUUAGAGAAAGUAAUUCCAGCUGAUAAUUCUUAUGACAAGGCUAAAGAUGAUUUAAAUAAACAUUUAAAAAGUUUGGCAAUUAAUACAGAGAGUGUUCAGCAUGAAGCUCUCAAUAAAAUGAUGGCUCUUUCUUUUUUUGCGGCUGGCGAAGAAGCGAAGGGAAUAAAUCAUUUAGUACAAGCUCAUGCUGUCAUUCAUAGGCAACAAAUAAAUUUUAGACAUAUUAAAUCUAAAAUACGAGAUCAAGUUUUCGCGUCAUCAACAAAUUAUGGUAUAAAUCCAGAGUAUGUAGAGUUUGAUGUUGAUUGUAUUGAUGGGCCUAAUUCAUUGAAAGCCAAACUGUCAGAACUUCCUAAUGAAUGGUACAUGAUACAAGUAACUAUUCAAUAUGAACCACCAAAAGUAUGUCAACCACCAGCAACUACUCAUCCAAUGCACGUAGUAAUUUUACCUACUGGUGAAAAUUCCUUCGAACCUUUUUGUAUAACUAUACCGAAACCUCCUACGAAUAUGUUUGAUAUUUGUAAAGAAAUUACAGAUUUAUUACAUAAAAAUAAAACUGAUUUAAGAGGCAAAUACACGAAUCAUAAUAUAUAUUGGAAAAUGAGAGCUAAACAAAAUACCACCAUGGAGAGUGCAGUUAAAGAAAUGGAAAAUAAUUGGUUACGAGAAUGGAGAAUAUUAUUUAUAGCAGAUCCACUGGUACCUUCAGAUUUAAUUAAAAGUCUGCAUGAUAUGAUUGAUAAAUUAAUAGCUGAUGAUUCUACUCAUGAACGAGUGUCUCCAAAAGUUAGAUGGUUGUUGAAAAAAAUUACCACAUGCUCUUACUGUUUAUCAAAAACAGAAAUAAAAAGAGCAAUUAAUUAUAUACUUGCAGAUAAUCAAAAACUUGCUAAAAAUAUUAUUUUAUCAAUCCAUGGAAGGCAAAAAGAAAUUACUAAACUUCGAAAUGAAAAGAGAAAGACAUUAGUCCUAGUUAUCGAUGAACAUAUGGACUACCUACCCUUUGAAGCAAUGAGUCUGUUAAAAAAACAACCCGUUACUCGAUUUUCAUGUGUUCAUUUAGCUUAUGCAAUGUUUAAAGAACAUGAAGAUACGAUAGAAGAAGGCUGUAAAGUUGUUGAUUAUCGUAAAGAAUUGUGUACUUUUAUUGUUAAUCCGGAAAAUAAUUUACCAAGGAUGGAAGCGCGUUUAAAACUAUUUUUAAAAUAUUGGCUGUCAGAUUGGAAAGGACUUUAUAAUAGAAGACCUGAUCAAGGUGAAUUUUCAGCAGCAUUAACAGAUCACAAUGUCCUUAUGUAUAAUGGUCACGGCAACGGUGUUCAAUUUUUUUCUGGAGAAGAAAUAGAACGUUUACGAGUCAACUCAACGGUCCUUUUGUUUGGUUGCUCUAGUGUAAGACUUGUGCCCGUUGGAGGACGUUUUCCACCUUAUGGAGUGUCAAAUCAAUAUUUAACAGCUUCUAGCCCAUGUAUUUUAGGAAUGCUUUGGGAAGUUACGGAUGGAGAUACUGAUAAAAUGACUGCUAGUUUCAUAAGUAAUUGGAUACCUUCUACAGCACCAAGACCUUGGUCUCAUGUUGAUACUGAACGAUGGAAUAAUGGUGAACUUAAGUUUAAAGGUGUCGUACAAACAUGUGAGUCUGAACAACUGCAAGAGCCAGAAUUGUUGCGAGCUUUUGCUAAAGCAAAAGAAGUUUGCUCGCAAUAUAUGACUUCAGCAGCAGCUGUUGUCAGAGGAUUGCCCAUUAAACUUAAGUAUUAGAUAGAAAUAUGAAAAAAAAAUAAUCUUUUUUUUUUAUAUAAAAGUGAUUUGAUUUAUCGUAAAAAUGGUAUAAACGUCAGUCAAACGAUUUUUGUAUAAAACAAAUAAUCAUCUUGCACAAAGGCUUGAUUGUCUUUUGUAAAUAAUUUUUAAACCUUAAGAUUUCACAAGCAAUAUAUUGUCACAUGAUAAUUUGUGGUUCAGGAACAGAUGUAGCAAUACUUUUAUGUGGAAGUACUUGGCCACCAUUGAUAUAUAACUCGUCUUUGACAAUAACAUCCUCACCAAGUACUGUAAUUCCUUCCAUUCGCACCCAUCGUCCGACAACACUUCUCCAUCCGACGAUACAUCUAGUCGAACAAAGAUAAAAUUAAUUUUAAAAAAUUAUAUAAUUUAAGAUAAUAAUUAUAUUUUAUGUUCAUUAUAAAGCAAUAAAGCUUUUUAAAUUAAGAAAAACUUACCCAUCAAGCCAAGCAUGUUCUUUCACAGUUGAAGAUUUUAAAAGAGUUGAACGUUUAAUACAACAACCAUCAGCUAAAGUAACACCAGGUCCAAUUGUAACAUUGGGACCUAUUCUACAGUCUUUACCAAUCUUUGCUGUUGGGUCUACAAGGACAUUGCCGACUACACCUUCGCCUGUGUAAAGUUUUUCUGGCGAUUUUUCUCUCAGUGAUGCAAGAUAUAAGCACAUACCUAAAAAAAAAAAAAAAAAAAAAAAAAAAAAAAAAAAAAAAAACAAUUGAUUAAAUAAAA